UAAAAUCUUACAAAUCUUACAAAUCUGUAAAUCUGUAUGAGUUCGAGACCCAAGUUCUGAAGUUCUGAUUUUGCGUUUUUUUUUUUCCAGUUUUUUUAAUAAAUGCAAAAUGACGAAUUUGCCCUCGUCUUCUUCCUUCUGUUUGUCAAUCUCUAACCAUCUGUAAACCCUAAUUUUAAAGCUGCCUCUUCAUUUUUUUCAAUUAUUAGUUGUUUUAACUUGUUAUUAUCAUAGUUUCAUCCCUCAUAUAAUAGAUCUAUGAAAGAAAAUCAUAGUUAGAAGUUCAAAAGCCCUCAAACUUUUUUUUUUUGAUUUUUCCGAUUUAUUGGCCGAUUUGAAUGAAAUCCCGGCGGUAAGGAGCCGCCCAGCGUGUAAUCGGCGAUUACACGGGCGCCUAGACAGAUUUUUAGAACAGGGGUUUAAACAAGUAGUCAAACACAUUCCUUUAGCCAUCGUUCGUAAAUUCUCGUAUGAUCGAGAGAGAAACAAAAAAAAAUUCCCAGGAAAAAGGCAGUGACGAAUCACUCUUCUAAACGAGAAGGCAGUGUUAGAUCCGAUUUAUUCUUCGUCUUUUAUCGCUUGAACUGAGAAUCAAAUUAAUAGACCUUCCCUGGAGUUUGAUAAUGGGAGGAGAGACAGCUGCAGAUGCAGACUCAGAACAUCGGAUGAUGAUUGGUUUUGCAGAUUCCAUGAAGAUUUAUCCCAGAAGGGACAGGUUCCCAUGCUGCAUUGUCUGGACUCCUCUACCCUUCAUUUCGUGGUUGAUUCCCUUCAUUGGCCAUGUAGGUAUUUGCAGAGAAGACGGUGUCAUCCUCGACUUUGCAGGACCUAAUUUUGUUUGUGUUGAUAAUUUCGCAUUUGGAUCUGUUUCUCGAUAUAUUCAAAUCAAAACCGAAAAGGAUCCAUCUUGUCCUUCCGGCUCAUGUAUGUUAAAUGGUGAGAGCAGCAGAUAUGGGCAAGAAGAAGAUACUCAUGAUGAGAAAGAGCCAACAUGGGAUGGUGCACUGAGAAAAGGCACACAAGAGUACCAACACCACUCAUAUAACAUAUUCACAUGCAACUGUCAUUCUUUUGUAGCCAACAACCUGAACCGUCUAGGGGUAAGGUCGGGCGGGUGGAACGUGGUGAAUCUCGCGGCACUUGUUUUCUUUAAGGGACGUUGGGUGAGCAAAGCGGCUGUAGUAAAAUCCUUGUUACCUCCAGUCAUAGUCUAUACUUUAGGAAUCUUUCUUGGUGGUUGGACUUUCAUAGCUUCCUGCUCUAUUGUAGCGGUUUUGCUUAUUGGUUGGUUCAUCAUGGGAACCUAUUGUUUCAAGAAACUGAUCCAGCUGUAGAUUUGGAUUGAUUUAAGUAUCUGGUUAGAGA